AACUAUUUUUCGUGGUGUUUCAUUCAUUUUAUUUUAUUUAUUUGAUUAACUUUACCCAAUUGUAUGAUAAAAGUAGUUAAAUGAACUCUUAUUAAGUACUAAUAGUAAACCAACAUUUACGUAUAUUCUGUUAAAAUGGCGGAAAAGGACAAGACAAAAGUUAACAAUCAAACAAAAUACAUUCCAAAGGACGCUCAAGUCAUCAUGUCAAUCAUGAAAGAGGUGGGAAUAACAGACUACGAGCCUCGAAUAGUAAAUCAGCUCCUAGAAUUCACUUACAAGUACGUUACAUCAAUAUUGGACGACGCAAGGGUAUUUGCCAAUCAUGCCAAAAAGAAGACUAUAGAUUUAGAAGAUGUAAGAUUAGCAGUUCAAAUGCAGUUAGAUAAAUCAUUUACUAGUCCACCACCACGAGAAGUACUGCUGGAAAUUGCUAGAGUUAAGAAUGUGAACCCUUUACCACUCAUAAAGCCACAUUGUGGAUUGAGAUUACCUCCUGAUCGGUAUUGUUUAUCAUCUUGCAACUAUCGCAUUAAAGCCACCACUAAGAAAGUGGUUACGAAACCUGCAGUAGCUGCACCACUGCCCAUCUCAGCCUGCAUCAAGAAUGUUUCUACAGCCAAACCUGCUUCAAGCCAGCAGAAUGUUGUGGUCAAGAGACCACCAGGAGCAAUUGUGAAUGUUUCAUCAUCAAAACCAAAUGUUAUCCCUAAACCAGUCCUAAAGUUUACAUCUAGCAGCAAAGUUGUCGCCAAACCAGCAGUGCGUGUAACAGCCGGUCCUUCUACACAGGCACCAGUCAAAAUGGAGGUAGAUGAGCAAACAGCACAAAAAAGAAAGAGGGAGGAUGAUGAAUAUGACUUAUAAAUUUAAUAUUGUUCUAGAAAUAAGACUAAGAUCUUUUAAGUUUAAUAAAAUAUUUCUUUUUUAAUUGUC